CUCUUCCGAUCACUAUGUCCUCUUCACACAAAUCGGAACGAUUUCCAACAUCAUCCACCAAUUGCGCCCAGCCCGACAUCACCGUUGCGCGAGAAGGCGGGGUUUAACUUACGUGCGUUGGAAACGCAAAUAACCUCAAUUCUUCACUUUCGCUUUCUAGAGUGGCAACUGUGUUGGUGUCGUGUUGUGGACUGAGUUUUCUGCAUAUUUUGUGAGCAGGAGGCUUGCAGCAAAAGCCAUGGCUUCGUCUAGCUUUUUUCCUGCUCAUGCGGGUACAAAGGACCUUGUAGAGAAAUACAAAGGACUUAUAGAGAGGGAAAUGAGCACUGAAGGGGGACUCACCGUUAUUGAGAUGUUUACGAGUGUUGAGGCGUUGGUGCAACUAGCAGACAACGUGCUGAAACACGACACGGCAACGCAAGAAAGCACCAGGUUUACUAUUAAGAAAGACAAUGUACGAGGUUCUUUUGUUUCUAUACUACGGGAUCUGGAUGCGAUUGAUGCGGGAAGUGAGAUGGUUGUUUCUUUAACACCACAUGGAGCUACCAUAGCAUGGUCCUUUUGUCAAGCAAUUGUGGCAUUUCCUCAAUUUUUGCAUAUUACAAGGCAUAUGACUAGCUUGGGUUCACACUUGACUGCUGAUCAGGCACACUCUGUUACUGUACCUCGUUCAGAAUCUUUACAAAGGAACAAGCCUUUUCUGCAGUCGGUCUCAAGCACAUCUUCAGGAUUUCAAUGUGGACAUUCUUUAGGAGUUGCUCGCAAAUUUUCUUCAACUAAUUCUGCAGGUUUGUCAGAAAGCAACUGGUCCAGAGAACCAGAAGAACAGCUACAUCUUCAUCCAGCAUUGCAAUCUUGGCAAAGCUCUGAUUUAGGUUUAUCUGCUGUGGAUGGUGACUUUUCUAACAGAACCACAGCUCGACAAACAGUUAUUCUAAUUGAACAGUUUGCAUUUCAUCUGUUUUUUAUGGUGACACGCAUACCUUAUCAAGUACUGGGUGCUCAGUGUAACGAUUUGAAUCAUGAAUACAUGACAGAUGGGAUAUCAAAUCUCUCUGAAGUUGUAGCUCAGUAUAUUGACUCAUCUGCGGUCGACUUGAAGCUGUGGCCUUCUUCAGAAGUUGGUGGAGCUGCUAAUGCUUUAAAGUCCUCUUUUGAACAGAUCAGAAAGAAAGUUCAACGUAGUCUUGAGGAAGUAAGGUCAGGUUAUGUGCCAGCUAGUGUAGGGGGUGCAAGUUAUGGACAAAUUCAACGAGAAGCAGAUCAGUUUUCACGAGAUGUUCGAAGUCAUCUUCAACUAAGAGAACCACACAUUAUAUUCAUAUUUGAUUUUCAUCGAAAAGUUGCCGUUUUGAACUCUCGAUGGAGUGCAGGAUUUUACAAGUUUGGGGUUGGACUGAAUCCAAUGGAAGCACGAAUAUUUAGAAAUGAGGCACGAGAAUUUGUUGUAGUGACUAGGACUGUUCCUAACAUUUUCACUCAACUUUAUUUGGAUGCCAUUCAGGCAGCUCGCUAUCACUGUUCUAGAUUUCAGUUAGGUCAAUACAAUGACUGCAAGGAGUUUGGAGUGCAGCUUACAUUUGUGCGAUUUCUUAGUGACCACAUGAAGUCGAAUUUGUCAGUCCCAAGUGAUGGGAACAUACAGUUUAUAAAGUUUCGUGUUCCACAGGAUGAAUUUUACAAAGGCAACUUGUUACAAAUGUAUGAGGCAGGCCUAUUGCGCAUUGAAGAUUUAUAUGAUGAAAACACGCCUUCACAAGGAAGAGCUGGAACAUUGCAGGAAGAUAGUGACCUUCAGAAGGCUUUGAAAUUGUCCUUGCAGGAGUCACAAUCAAGACAGCCUCAGAGUGCAAGUAGUCUAGGUUUAGAGCAAGAUAUGCAAACCAGUUUGUUGGGUAAUGAUGGUUUUAAUGACCAUGAAAUUGAUCUGGCAAUUAGUAUGAGUCUAGCUGAAUCAAUGCAAACUGAGGAAGGAAAUGGUUUGGGUCAGUUGACAUUGAAAAGUGAAGAAACAGUGACAUUUUCUCAUCAGAACAAUGGUGUACUGGAGACAGAAUUACAGAAACAAGAAAAUGGACAUCAGCUUAGCACUACAUCUCAAAAGGAAUCAAUAAAUAGUUUGGUUGUUCAAGGUGAAGCUGUUUCUACUACUUCAAAACAAAAAGUUGCUUCAAAGCAGAAAUUACAAAGUAGGGAUAGCCCAAUGGCAAGCUCUCUGUCUUCUUCUGGGUACAUUCCACAGGAUCCUUGUUUGCAUUUAUAUUGUCAUGAAUUUACUGUUGAUGGCUUCAUUGAAGUAAGUUUUCUUCGCAUUGAUGUUGUUGGUCGAGAUAGAGUCGGUAAGACAAGUCUGACACGGUCAUUGACUGGACAGCAUUACAUAAGUACUUUAUCAAGCACACAGGGUGUGAAAGCUAUGAAUAUUACUGUUAGUCAUUUGAAAGACUGGAAAGUGUCCAAAGAAGGUGAAGACUUAACUCAACUAUGUAAUCAUUUCAUUGCUUCUAAUAUUGCUGAAAGAUUGAGGUCAGGACGAAAUCCAAAAGGUAAUCAUCUGUCAAUUAUCUCUAGUGAGAUUUCAAGUGCAAACGUACAGGUGGAUUUGGUGAACAGUACGAAUCAAGAGACCCAAACAACGACAACCUUGAAACAGCUUGAGCCAACUACCAAAACAAGUGGCAGCAUUGAUACUCAGGAAACACAAGAGUGUGACUUUACGGAGGAAUUUGUGAAGAAAUUGCUAUCUAAAGUGAAGCCUGAAUCACCAGACAAAAUAUCUGAUGAAGUAAAACAAUUGAUAGGACAAUACCAUCGAGGAGAAUUAUCACUGAACUGUCAAGACCAUCAAAUUCUUGUGUCAGUGUUUGAUUAUGGAGGUCAUACUGUGUACCAACCCAGCCAUGCUCCUUUUUUAGACGGAGAGGCACUGAAAUUAAUAGUAUUUGAUGCUUCUACUCGUCUUCAGGAUUUUUGUGAAUGUUCAUCUUUUAUAUAUAAGGAAGUUUUUGAACUUGUUUGGGGCACGCUUCACAUGACUAACUGGGAAAUUGUGGAAGAAUGGUUGUCCCAUGCUUUUAUAACUUCUCAAAGUAGUAGCAUGCCUGGUAUGUGCCUUGUUGGAACCCAUAAGGACCAAGCUCAAAUGGUUUCAGAUUGUUUGCUAAGUGAGCAGUCUGAGUAUGUGGGAAGGAUGGUAGAUGGAAAGCCAUAUGAAGACUACAUUCUUUGUCGUGAAAAUGGCAGGGAAUUUAUUUGCGUUGACAAUACACUGUCUGGUAAAGGCAAAGAAACAGAUUUGGAUGAAGGUAUUUGGGUGUUGAAGAAUGUUAUUGAGAAACGGGCUGUUGAUAAAACAGAAAAAGUACCAGUUCGAUGGUUUCAGCUUGCAAUGGUUAUUAGAGAACUUAGGAGCAAAGUACAGAUUGUGUCUUUUACAGAUUUGAUACACUUAGCCAGUCAGCUGAACUUGUUUAGAGGUGAUGCUGACUUUUACAAAGCUGUGGCAUUUUUGAGUAGAAAGGGUGUGGUGCUUCAUCAACCUGUGGUCUUAUUUGAUACGCAUCAGAAGUCGUUAGUCAUUGAUCCACAAUGGAUGACUGAACAGUUUUGCAAAGUACUGACAAUACACUGGGAAAAUGACAUUAAUUGUAGGUUUUGGCCUGAUUUGGCUGAUUUGCAGCAGAAAGGCAUUCUUACACUUUCUUUUGCAUUGUAUCUACUCGAAGGCUCAGAAGAAGUCAAACUGAAAAUACUAAAGUUGAUGGAAUCAUAUGAUCUUAUAUGUCCUUUUAUGUUGCCAGCACAGAGAACAUCUGGUGGCGAUGCAUCUCAGCAUCUCAUGUCUUCUAGUGUUGAGAGUUUGCCUGUUCCAGGUGUAAAGGCGUUUUUUGUACCUUCCCUGCUGCGUCCAAGUAAACAGUUGCUUGAUAAGGAUUAUUUGCAGGUAGGAGAGAAGGUUACUCACCUCUGGUUUCGUCUUCCGAAAUGUCGAAUUCCUGAACAACUUGCUACUCGCUUGUUGGCUCAUGUAGUGAAUAAGUAUAGGUAUUUGCCACAGCUAUUUUAUCGAGCAGGUGUGUUCAAUGUUGCCGAUGGUCACAGACUUCAUUUGGUUUUAAGAAAUGGAUAUUUGCAAUUGUCAAUGUACAUAGUUGAUGACAAGUUUGACAGUCACUCUGCCAGUUACUGUGAGGAAGCUCGAAAUAUUGUCCAAUCCAAGGUGGCAAACACAUUGAGGACGGAUUUGCCUGGUCUGGUUAAUCUACAGAGAGGAUUUCUCGAUGAAGAUCAGAAUUUUUCUGUUUUUUAUAAAGUCAAGAAGAAGCGUUCAGGUGUAUUUCAGUUGAAAAGUGAUGAUGGGAAAGUGAUGGCCACACCGGAACUGUUUCAUUUAUGGUUUAAAGACAAAAAGCAGGAAGCGGAUGUUACAGGAGACUCUGAUCAGUUUGAAGCUAGUUUGAGAAAUGAUAAAGUCGGUCAGGAUUGUAGUCAAAGGACAAACAGUGUCUCAAAGCCUAAUUAUCUAUCAGUUAAAGACAGCGUGCAACGUCUUCUAACCCAAAAUCGACUCUGUAGUUUGUUGACGGCUGUUACAGCACUCCUGGAUGAUGAGGAACCUUGGCCUGACCAACCAGGGUGCGGGAGUGCAUCAGCUGGCAGUGCUGUUGGACAACGAAAGGGGAACUGGAGGGGAUUGUGGGAAUGGCUGCUUAGAGAACCUCCUCCAGAUACACUUAAUGGAAGCCCUUCCAUUUUCCUUCUUAAGAAGUGGUCUGAAGAAAAUGGAGAUGAAGCCAUCAUUGAGAAUUUAAUUGAGGGUCUUAGAGCGAUGAAGAGAUUUGAUAUUGCAAAUUUGUUGAGGUGGAAUUAUGUUGGUCGAGGCAACGAAUUUUAUGACCAAAUACUAAAACAGUCUGGAAGCUGUGAAGUGUCAGGAGACAAUGUUGUUGCUGGCUACAAGCCUUCAAUGGAAGUUUAUAUAACUAAUAAUUAUUAUUCUAAUGAGAAAGGUGUUGAUAACUGAUCUUCUGGAACUAGAAACUAGUCUAUGUUACUAGGUGUUUUGUUAUUUUUGCUUUUAAUGGUGAACAUCAGCAUUCGAUUUUUGUUUUAAGUUAAUUGGCUUUGUUGUAAGUAAUCUAUUAGUUUUCCACGUGUUUUGUUUGCUUGUACGCUGUAUUAAAUUAGUAAUUAUAUCUUAGCGAGGCUUCUAAC